AUGACCGACUACACGCCCAUCUUCGCAGACUCGGAGCGCUCCCCCGACGCAGACGUCUACCCCUUCGCCAUACCGGACCUCUGGCGCUCCUCCUACCUCGCCCCCGACCUCUCGCGGGAGUCCCAGCUGUUCCCAAUCGCCCUCCUGCAAGCUGACACAAAGCACAUCAACUCCCCCCCCUCGCCGACGCCGCAGACCUCGCUCUUCACAUUCAAACCCGGCUUCUUGCGCACCCCCGAGCCCUCACAACCACCCUCCGGCGACUCGGCGCCAUCAUCAUCGACACAAGAGGACCAGCCCGACGAUGCCUCCUCGGCCACAAGCGUAGACCUGUGGGCGCAGCCCGACGCGUGCAAGGCGCCGGCGAAGCCGCGGUUCCAGACGUGGGACAGCUUCCUGGUGGAGGGCGCGGCCGAGCCCGCGAAUCCGUACUUCUCGGAGGCGGGGCCGAGGGUGUUUGAUGCGGCGCUGGGCGAGUAUGGGCAGGGGCAGGAUGUGGGGGAUGUGGUGCGGAGCGAUGUGUUUUGCACUUGUUUGCUGCAUCUGGGGCUGGGACGGUCGUCGGUGCUGUUUGACUGGGACCCGGUGCAGAAGGAGUUUCGGCCUGUGAGGCCGAACCUGCGCAUAUCGGGCUGCACGGCGGGCACCGUGGUGAGCAUCGUCAUAUCAUUCGCAACCACCGGCAAGAAGAUCCACUUCCUCACCUCCUACACCUCCACCAUCUACGCCUCGCGCCCCAACCCGACCACCAUCGCCCUCGCCGACUGCAUCACCUCGAUCCUCGAGGCGAUCCAAACGCGCCUCAGCAUCCCGCCGUCGACCAUCACGUCCAUCCUGCACCUGCACUCGCUCAUGCGCGAGCCCGCGCUCAUCAUCAACACCUUCCACUCCAUCAUCACCAAGACGUCCGGGGCCAAGAACGACUCCGUGCUGCUGACGCGGCUGUUUGACGUCGUGCAGCAGGAGCAGCACCGCAGCGGGUGGCUGAAGCCGCUGCUGAUGGAGACGCUGGCGAGGGUGUCGCGGCCGUGGCUGGGGUUUUUGGAGGAGUGGAUUGGGCUGGAUAGGCCCAUUGGGGGCGAGGGGAUUGGGUUUGAGGGACUGGUGGAGAGGGGGCUGUUUGUGAGGGUCGAGGAGGAGAUGGAGGUGGAUGAGCGAGGGCAGGAGGUGACGAAGAGGAGCUUUUUGUUUGAUAAGAAGAAAGUUCCUAGCUUCACGAGCGCUGAGACCGCGGAGACGAUCUUUGAGAGUGGAAAGAGCUUGAGGUUUUUGCAGAAGUUCCACCCAAAUCAUCCAUUGAGCAAGCCUGGCGCAGUAGAGGGUGUUCAGGCGCCCAAGCUGGAGUGGAAGUUCUCGUGGGAAGACCUCGAGAACCUACAGGCACAGGCAAAGAACUACGAGAGACAGCUACAGACGGCAAUCUCGAAAUACUCCUCUGGUGGUUCUGUAGCUCUGCCUACAGGUGUAAUCCGCGACGACAUCCCCGAGAAGUUCGAAGAGUUCCCUACGUUUGGCAAGAGCAAAGAGGAGAUUAUACGCAUGAUAUCUCACUCGGUCACCUCCAUGAACGCCCGUCUGCCGCCCCUCGAGACCGCCCAUUCAGACGCCCUCCGGCACCUGGUCCUCUCCAUCUCCCGCCGCGGUUCCGGCCAAGAAGACUCCGGCCAAGAAGACCAUCUCACGACCUUCGCGCCCCCAAUCUCCAUCACGCCCAUGCUUUCCUUCUCGCACCUCUUCGCUGUGCAGGCAAAACUCAUCAACACCGCCUGCCUGCGCAUGUUCUUCCGCGAGCACCAGAUCCUCUCGCACCUGCGCCUCCUCCGGCGCUUCCAGCUCUUCGGCGACGGCGUCUUCUCCUCGCGCCUCUCGCACGCCCUCUUCUCCGACGAGCUCGACACCACCGAGAAGCAGCCCAACCAGUACCGCAGCGGCGGCACCAUGGGCCUCAAGCUGGGCUCGCGCGACACCUGGCCGCCCGGCUCCUCCGAGCUCCGCCUCGCGCUCAUGGGCGUGCUCACCGACAGCUUCACGCCGGCCACCACGCCCCCCAGCGGCAUCCACACAUCCGGCAAGGAGCACGAGCUGCCGGGCAACCUCAGCUUCGCCGUGCGCGACAUGACGCCCGACGACCUCGACAAGUGCAUGGACCCGCACUCCAUCGCCGCCCUCGACUUCCUCAAGCUUCACUACACGCCGCCGCCCCCGCUCGAGGCCAUCAUCACCCCCACGGCCCUCUACCGCUACGACCGCCUCUUCCGCCUCCUCCUCCGCAUCCAGCGCAUGCUCUUCGUCACGACAAAGCUCUUCCGCGACGCCACCCGCCGCGACGUCACCCGCCGCGACACCCGCUGGCCGCGCCACCCCCCCGAACCCCCCGUCGCGCAGCGCUUCCGCGUCGACGCACACCACUUCGUCACCACGCUCGCCGCACACAUGUUUGAGUCCGGCGUCGCCGCGCCGUGGGCAAAGUUCGAGGCGAAGCUCUCGGCCAUCGACGCGGCCCUCUCCUCCCCCUCUGAUGCGGCGGCAGACCUCGCGGCGGAGGGGCUCGAGCGCCUCCGCGGGUACCACGAGAGCGUGUUGGACCGGAUUAUGUUUGCGACGCUGACACGGAAGCGGCAGGCGCCGGUUAUGAAGCUGGUGGAGGAUGUGUUUGUUGCUGUGUUGGCGUUUGCAAGGUAUAGCCAUGAGCGCGCGGAGGGGAGGGAGGGCGGCAUGGGCGUGGGGGAGCUGGCGGAGCUGUAUAAGGUGUUUAGGAGGCGGGUGGGGAUCUUUCUGAGUGUGUGUCGGGGGUUGUCGGAGAAGCGGGGGUAUGGUGAUGGGCGGAGGGAUGGGGAGGGGAGGAGGGCGGUGGAGGCCGUGUUUGGUGGGGGUGGGGGGGAGGGCGGGUUGUUGGCGGGGUUGCUGGUGAGGUUGGAGAUGUCGGGGUAUUGGGUGGAUCCGGCGACGGGAGGGGGAGGAGGGGGGAAGUAG